AUGCCAGGCUCUGAUUGGGAUGCACCUGCAACCAAAGCCAAAGCCUUAGCAAGCCAAGGCAGAGUCUUGACAACUUCUCCGGGCUCAAGCACCUCAAGGCCCGUUGACAGCACCACAGCCACCGUUCAACUCCCGAUACACUCCAAGCGCUCGCAGCACCCGGAGUCGACCGAGACCGAGAGUGUGUUGGGGAAGCGCGAGAAGAAAGAAUUGCCUGACGUCGACUGGCGUGUGCUGAAACGGGAGAGACAUGGCACUCUAGACCACGACGUGCUCAUGCAGGGCCCCAAAGAUGAUGUCCGUGCCAAUUACCGAGCCCCUUCCAUCCGGGGCCCUGCUGGUCCUGCUUCCGGCCCGGCCACUUCCCACCCCCCGCAGGAGACAAAGGAAAAAGAGGUAGUCGGAACCAUAGCGCAGCUGCUCAAUCCAGCCCCGACUCCCAACUACCAAGAAUCUGCUGACUCGCUGUCGUCCCAGUCGUCCCAGUCGUCCCAGUCGUAUUUCGAAACCUUGGGGUUGCGUGGCUCGAUUACCUUAGCUCAGAACGAUGUCGUUACGAGCCCCCGGAUCAAGUUAAACUGCCAUAAGCGGAUCCCCUAG